AUGGUCAAGCUCAGGUUCCAAAUCGCUCUGCCAGAGGACCCUUUUCGGGAGCUGGAAGAGAACUGGAGCGCUGAUAAAAGCAAAGCGCAUACUAUGCCCCAAGCCGCUGAAAUUCCUCAAAUCGCGCUCGCGGGAACGCCGCCUAGAUUGCCUCCAGUGGGCGCUGGAGACGCUGAGGAGCAGCAGGUCGCGUUGUUACAAGGGGCCCGCGCUCAGCAGGUGUGCGCACGCGCGCGCGCCGCGCACCUUGAGAGCCAGGUUGCAAAGCUGCGAUUGGAGAAGCUCGGUCUCACGCGUCAGAAUGAGGUCCUCGCUGACCUGAUCACCAGGCACGCCAAAGAGCACGAAGCGAAACUAGCAGGCCUCCUUCUAAAACAUGAUUCUGAGCGGGUAGAGCUCGUUAAAAGGCAUCACAAAGUCGAAGAGGCGCUGGUCAAACAAAAUGGCGACGCUCUAGCGGAGGCGCAGCGCUGGAAGGUUGCCAUGGAAGGUGUUUGGAAAGAGAUCUGGGGAUUGGACACGGAGCGUAAAGAGCUGCGGAAGAAAGGGCGGAGCUUGCGUAAAGAACGGGAUGCCGCCCGGGCAGAGGCGCGCGGUUGGCAAGUGGACCUCGCGAGGGCGCAGCAGCGUCUGAAGAGAGUGACGAUAGCGGACCUCGAGGCGCCACGGACGAGCCUGGCUAUAUGUUGCGCGGAAGUGGAAAGCGUCCGUAAAGAGAACGAAAGCGUCCGGAAAGAAAAUGAAAGCGUCCAUAGAGAGAACGAAAACGUCCGGAAAGAGAACGAAAGCGUCCGGAAAGAGAGCGAGAGCGUCCGGAAAGAGAACGAAAGACUCCGAAAAGACGCAGAGAGCGUCCAAAAGGACGUCGAGAGCUUCGAAAAGGAAGCGGAUGCUCUUUGGGAGGAACUAGAGCGGGUGGAAGGUGCGAAAAAGACGGCAAUCGCGGAGGCGGAAACGGCGGAGGGCGCGCGGGCGCGUGCGCGCACAGAACUAGAGGCGGCUGUCACGCGGCUGGUGGAGUCGCAGCAAGCGCGCGCGGGGCUGCAGCGGGAGCUCGCGGACGCGCUUGCGGCUUUGGACGGUGUGAAAAGGCACCACGCAACGGGUGAGAACAUGGACUGA